AGCGGCGGCGGAAGUAGCAGCAGUGGCAGCAAACGUUCUCGACUGAAUUUAGAAUCCAAAUGUUCCUCGCUGCGGAAGCACCUCAGCAAGUCGGCGUCCGAGUUGAGCUGCAACGACUGUGGCGGUUCCGGCGACUCGCCCCAGUCCUCACCGCAGCGGGCCCGCUCGGCAAACGCGCCAACGAUACCGGGGGUCAUACAGCGAACGCACGGGUUUUUCAGUACACUACGGCACCGUUGGUCCCGGGCGAGAAGUAAGGAGCGACUCCGGGGAUCGCUGUGCCAGGAAGUCGAAGGGCGGCGCGAUAGCCAGAGCGAUUACGCGGCCGAUAACAGUUCCGCCGAGCACAGUAGCUCCGCCACACCACACCAGUCGCCACGACACCGGGCACAAACCCUCGGCGAUUCUCCGUUGGCCAAAGCGAACGAAAAGGGUGACCCGCAGGUGGCGGCAGGCUCCGUGGAGACCGGCACCAGCUGUUCCACCGUGGUCGGAGUGCUGAAGGUCCUGACGACGAAAGCGGACAUCGAAUCAACGGGUGCAGGAGGGUCCAGUGCCGUCGGCAGUGUACUGGGACACCUAACAAUCGGCGGGCUGGCGAAGGUUUCGGAGGCUCCGGCCGGACCGUCCGGGAUGCAGCCGGCCGAUGACCAGCAGCGGAGGCGCGAGACGCAGCUCAGGCAACACUCGUUCUUCCAGCUGCGCGUCCACCUGAUCAGUGGCCACGGGCUCGUGGCGAUGGACAAGAGCGGCACCAGUGAUCCGUACGUCAAGUUCAAAGUUGGCGGUCGGCUUCUGUACAAAUCGAAAACGGUCCACAAGGAUCUGAAUCCGAUAUGGGACGAAACGUUCGUUGUGCCGGUGGAGGACCCAUUCCAGCCGAUAGUGAUAAAGGUAUUCGACUACGAUUGGGGUCUGCAGGAUGACUUCAUGGGAUCGGCCAAGCUAAACCUCACCUCGCUGGAGCUGAACCGGGCGGAGGAUCUGACGAUCAAACUGGAGGACGCACAGCGGCCCUCGAAGAACCUGGGCGAAAUCAAGCUCAACGCUACGCUGUGGCCCAAAACCCAGGAAGACAAAGAGCAAUACUUUCAGCGCAACCCGAAGCUGGCCGACGCAUCCCGGCGGCUCAAGUCCCAGAUCUGGAGCUCGGUCGUGACGAUCGUGCUGAUCGAGGCGAAGGCACUACCACCGGAUGGCGAUAAUGGGCUGAACGAUAUCUACGUUAGGUUUAGGUUAGGUAACGAGAAAUACAAAUCGAAGCCAUCGUACCGGGCGCGGUGGCUGGAGCAGUUCGAUCUGCAUCUUUUCGACGACGACCAGCUGCUGGAGCUGGUGGUCUGCGGCAAGUACAAUACCUACGGCAAGUGCACAAUCGACCUACGAAGUCUUCCGCGAGAGCGCACACACAGCAUCUGGCAGCCGCUGGAGGAGUGUCCUGGCGAGGUCCACCUAAUGCUGACCAUCAGCGGGACGACGGCGUCGGAAACCAUAACCGAUCUUACCUCCUACAAAGAGGACUCGAAGGAGCGUGGCGUCAUUCAGAGUCGCUACAUAUGGCACAAAUCACUGCAAAACCUGCGCGACGUCGGACACCUCACGGUGAAGGUGUUCGGUGCGACGGGGCUGGCGGCCGCCGACAUUGGCGGUAAGUCGGACCCGUUCGUCGUGCUCGAGCUGAUCAACGCCCGCCUGCAAACGCAAACCGAAUACAAAACGCUGACACCGAACUGGAACAAAAUUUUCACAUUCAACGUGAAAGACAUGUCGUCGGUGCUGGAAAUUACCGUCUACGACGAGGACCGCGACCACAAGGUGGAGUUUCUGGGCAAGGUGGUGAUACCGUUGCUGCGGAUACGAAACGGUGAGAAACGGUGGUACGCGCUGAAGGACAAGAAAAUGUACUGCCGGGCCAAGGGCACCCAACCUCAGAUUCUGCUGGAGAUGACGGUGAUGUGGAACAAGCUGCGGGCGGCGCUGCGUGUGCUCGAGCCGAAGGAAGAGAAACUCGUCCAACAGGAAGCCAAGUUCAAGCGACAGCUCUUCCUGCGCAACGUUACCCGGCUGAAAGCGGUCAUUAUGUACUUUAUCGAAGUGGGACAGUUUGUGCAGAGUUGCUUUGAGUGGGAAUCCCCGAUACGGUCUUUCAUAGCGCUGAUUUUGUGGAUCUGCGGUUGCAUCUGGUUCGAUAUAUCCACCAUCCCGGCGGUAGCUCUGCUAUAUCUUCUAAAAAAUUGGCUGAUACGCUGGUUAACAGGAAGCUCAUCCCCGUCGACUGCGGACGAGUACGAUGUACUUAGCGAUGAUGAAGACGAGGAAGAUAAAGAAAAGGAGGAGAAGAAAACGAUCAAGGAACGCUUGCAAGCGAUACAGGAAGUGUCGCAGAGUGUACAAAAUACCAUCGGCUUUCUGGCGUCGCUCGGUGAAAGUGUUAAAAACACCUUCAACUUUUCGGUACCGGAGUUGACAUGGUUGACGGCGUUCCUGCUGCUCAUUGCGUGUCUCGUGCUGCACUACGUCCCGAUUCGGGUGCUGCUGCUUCUCUGGGGCCUUGUCAAGUUCAGUCGGCGACUCUUCCGGCCACACACUGUGCCGAACAACGAAGUGCUCGAUCUACUGUCACGAGUGCCGGACGAUGAAGAGAUUAUCAUGUGGCGAGAGUUGCCGCUCCAUUCGACGCCCGAAAUGACACGCAGGGACCCACGGAAGAAGCACAAAGUGUCGUAAUGUUACCAAACCACCCUGAGGCGAUACUUCAGGGAUCAUCUUAGGAAAGCGCUGAGCAUCAGCAAAGCAAAACCGGACGCAAAGGAAGUGUAGGGUGCGAAUAGCGGGCCACGUCCGCCGAUCGUCUGCUCUACUCCUGAUACUACUUGAUAGCUUUACUGCGCUGCUAGAAAUAAUGCUGUUCUCCUCUUACAGUUCCACAACUCCCAAUUCUUCCAGCUCUCUUCAUCGCUUGAUCGUUUUCCACUAAUGUUAUUGUCGACUUGCCUUUGCUAUUACGCAAAAUAAGCCGUUAGUUAGUUACAUCCCGAUUGUAGGUUAGGAGCCACACGGUAGUGCUCUCUUCCCAACGAUGCCGGAGAACAAUAAGGAGUGGGGCAUGUAAAACAUUCACUUCACUUUUUCACUCUCUCGUGCAUUCUUCUCCGGAACCGGAACCAGUAGCAGUAAUCAAGGAACUCGAAUCGAUAAAUGCUCUAACCGUACACGUAUCAAACUCUAUCCCGUUGCGAACCGGGCAAAUCACGACAACAAUCAAUCUUAUGCAAUAUCAAAACGAAAACGCAUUGGGAUCAGGCUUUGUUGAGUUGAGAUUGUUACAACCCACAUGCAACGAGUGCAUGAGACAUCGCUUGUACGGAUAUUUUCCUUUUUACUGUACUAAAGAACAUACAUUUUGCUUGUUACUUGCAUCGAGCGUUUUCCGAGUUUCGUUAAUCCGUUUCAAUCGAAAGAGAGAAACAAACGUCGAUGAAUUCCGUCCAACGUAGAGAAAUAGAAGAAGACAUCAUCAUGAGACAAACAUUCCCAUAAAUGAAUCGAACAGAACAGAGUCCCGCGAACACACAGUCGUAGCGUAGUUAAAGUUCAAUCGAGCGCACUUUUUCAUUCCAUUUGAUCAAUUCUCAACACACCUCCCAUUUACCCAUUUCAAAAUCAAUCGUGUGUAGCUGUUACGUGUGGGACAAAUCAAGCAUUAAAGUGUAAAAAUUGCACCAUUUAAUAGCACGAUGUACAUAUGUAGCCGACGAUGGCGGUGAUGCAUUGGGUUCGUUUGGCAGUAGUGUAUAAUUUAAUUCGAUCGGAAACUCACAAGCACCAGACACGUGGACGUUUUGUUGGUUAUAAAAGAUAAAUUCCGGACUCCCCGGUCCCGUAUGGUUAUUAUGGCCUUAACAAACUGAGCAAUGCACUCCUCUCGAUUGCACCCCUUGCUUGUUUUGCGGAAAAGAAAGACUUGAGACCUUGUCAUGCACAACACACAACACCAACCACACCGACCGAUCAGUAGUAGUAGAACGAUAGUGAAGAUUUACGAGCUAAAAUGCCUUGGUUUUUGGGCGGCAUAGCGUUAUUUGUGGUUGCGGUUGUUACACAACAGUGGUACGUUUAUUUGAUAGCGACACGUAGAAGGGAAUACCACAUCAUCGCCACUACAUUGUUACCCUUAGCUAGUCGUUCUAGUAAUCGAAGCCAAAAAUUUGCAACCCACCUCUAACGUUUCUUAGUUGCACGGUUGCAGUGCAGGUCGUCUUGCGAUUUAAAGGCCAUUUGGUGGUUCCGUAUCUUCCUGUCUUCUACGCGAUUGGUUGGUUCGUACAGGAGAACUACUACUUCGUUGCAAAUUACAUUACUUAUCGUACAAAAACUAUGCGUGAUACGAGCCCUGUUUUGCAGAGAAACAGAGGCUAUGCUUCAGCCGAUUGAGCAGAGUUAUAUUGAUCCUAAUCAGUAGCUAGGGAAAACAAAGAAUUAUUAUUACUUGCAGAGAAGGCCUGCGGUUCCAAGAAACGUGGCCGAUCUGAAAUACUGUGAACAUCAAAGAUAGACAGAACAGAACACGUUCCGUUAGAGUAGCUUCGUCGUUGCUACGGCUUCGAUUCGUUUGCUCUCGUUUUCCGGUCGCAAUCUGGCUUGUUUACGGAUAAAUAGCAUUAUUUACACAGCAAAAUAGAAACGAAAGAACAACGAGCAGCAUGAACGAGAACAAACGAAACCACAGAGUAAGUCCACAUCCAAACAUCAAACAUUUGCUACUCUUCGUGACAACUUUCGGGCCCGUUGAUGAGGAGCAAUCGGGACGCCCUAAGCAAAUGCAACGAUUCCAUUUCCAAUUACACUAGGCAAACGUGUUAUUGUUCCGCGCGUAAGAUUUUUUACUGUUUCGGCUAGCGGGGCGCACAGAAUACUUUACGCUACACACAUUAACGGCGCAAAAUGGAGCUUGUCGUAGUUAGAGAAAAAGGGCUUAGAUCGUAGUUUAGACGUUUCCAAUCACACCAUUUCUUCUCUUUCGCUUUAAGCAGAUAGCAAAUUGCAUGUCCCGUCGCCUUUGACCAAAGAUCUAAACUUCAUUACGAUAGCCAGACUUACUGUCGCUGAGAGCGAGCUCGAACAAAGUCGAGCUGAGUACCGAAAACCUUCAAAUAAAAUCAAUAACCAGUUCAGGAGUGAGCCCGAAAAGCUGUAACGGAGUGUGAGAACAGCCCAAAGGACCCAAAAGCAUAGCAAUAGCCCCGCACCAAAGAGAUGACCGCAGUCUUCGUCCACAGUAGUCGCGGCCACGUAAUGUCACGCAAAUGAACGCUAAUGCAAAAUACUUAAACUCUCUUGUUAGCACUCUCUAGCACACUCUAUCGGGCGACCAUUUCCGUGGUGGAGAUCGCAUCCCAGAAAGCAUUUCCUUGCGGUGUGAAAAAAGUCACUGAAGCGCCCUUGGUACGCCACGCCAAGAGAACGGCCGUGAAACCCGGGCAGUAGUGAAAGUUUUGCGAUUCAACAACGAAUUGAUCAGUAGCGGCUAGCAGAUUGGCGAACAAUCUUUUACGAAGCGAUAGUGCAUUGUUUUGCAGCAACACCGAAAAUUGUCACACUCUCUAUUGCGCACCCUUGUUGCAGCACCUUUCUUUCCGAGCUUAGCGCGUUCGUUUGGUGUACCAAUGCGCACCAUAUGCGUGAUCAUGCAUGAUCGGUUGAGCGUACAUUCUUAUACAAAGUUGAUGACAACCAAUUCCAAAUCCAUUGUAAUCGUUUUUUUAAUGAAAUACA